UCUGGAUUCAUAUAUAUAUGUUUUCAUUCAUCAUAACCAUCACCAACGGCAAUCAAUAUGUAUGUAUUUGUCCUAUAAAAGAGGCCGACUGACUGAGAGACUUUGAAAGAGAGCUGCAUUCAAUUUGUAAGAGAGCAGACAAAGACAACAGAAAAAACAAAAAAAAAGAAAACAAAAGAAAAAAAAAAAAGAAACGAAAUUUCACCACACCUUAAGCAUAACACUGAAUAAUUGUGUUUGGCAGCUAAGCGAACUUGAUUUUCAACUCAUUACAGUUACCAGCCGCGUUCUUUACACAUACUUAUCAGGAUCUUGAGAAAUUACAUUGAAAUAAAUUUCAACUGCUGCAAACGUUUAAUAAUGAUUUGAGUGAGUUUUUUUUUACGUGUAAGCUUGAUGCGUACGAAACAUGACCGAUUCAUUUAAAUUGGCCGAAAUGCAACGCACAAAUAUCGAAUUUGAACGUCAACGACAUUUAGCGAAUUGGUUAAUUAAAAGUAGUCCUCACAUGGCAACACCUCCACCAUCCAAUAAUAGCAGCGCAUCAAGUCCUGGAACGGUAAUAGCAACAACGACUGCAGCAGUGUCAGCAGUUAAUCCGAUAACUACAACAAGUGGUGCCAAUGCUAGUAGUGCGGGUCAUACACCAGUUAACUCGAACAAUUAUAUGCAUCACAACCAUCAUUUUAAUGCGAAACAUGCAGGCGGCGCAGGUUGCGUGAGUGGAGCCAACAAUUCGGUCAAUAAUCCAGUAUUUUAUCUAAUGACAAGUAAUGGUAAUAUGGGGGCGGUAGGCAGUGGCGGUGGACAUUCAGCCAUAAGUACAUCAAAUGUUACCUCAAAUGCUAAGCAUACAGGUGCUACAGUAGUCGCAGGAGCACAUCACACACAUUCACAUCAUGCACACCAUCAUCAUCCACACCAUGGCUUACAUCAUUUAGCUGAGGGUCGCAAGGCCAAGCUAAGGCGUUUCAAUUCGCAUGACACCAGCUCGAAUAUGUUCUCGGUAGCGGAUUUCGAGAAUGCUCGCUUAGCCAGACGUAACGAGAUAGAAUUAAAACAACGUCUUCAAAGGCGUAUGCGCAACUGCUUUGGUAGCAACUCUGUUGGAGGCGGCUUAAUUGGCAAUGCGAACAGUAAUUCAGCUUUAGCAACUGGUAAUAUUAGCUGUGAUUAUUCAACCGGCGAUAGCAAGACAUCAAAAUAUAGUAAUGAACUUCAAAAUGAACCAUUGCCUGCUGAGGAAUUUUUGGAACGCUUUUCAUUGCCCCGAGUGGUUCGAAUUUCGUAUAAAACAAAAUAUUUUCAUGAAACCUUACAAUCGUCCUCCUCGAAUGGCUCUUCAACAGUAACAUCCAACUCUUCGACUAGUGCCACCGCUGUCACUACAAAUCCAACGUCGUCACAUGCAGACGCUAAUAUGAUUACUUCCAAUUCAAAUUCAAAUACCGGAACUUCAUCAUCAACCUCUUCAGUUUCGGUGACGACCAGAGGUGCUAAUGUCAUUAACGCAACACACACAAUCAUUAGCAAUAGCAGCAGUAGUAAUAAUAGCGGUUCUAAGCAACUGAAUACCUCUAUAACAAUUAAUGGUGCAAACAGUAGUAGCAGUGGUGGCAAUAUUGGCGUUAACUACAAUAAUAAUCAAGUUUUACAUGAAGACGAACAGGGUGAAUUGUUUUUGUUAUAUCGAUUGGUGCGUCAACGUCGCCUUUAUCACGGUCACAACGCUAAGACGACCGUAGCUAAUCGCAAGAAAGGUGUACUCAUACCUCAAGAAUUUCCGGGAUACUUUUCUCUACUUAACGACAAGGGUAUGCCUACGGCCACGCAAUACACCUCUUUAAUACAAUUGGUACGCGAACGAGUUUGUAAAUUUGUCUCUGUGGAAAAUAUGCCCGCUUUUACAGAAUCCCAACCGAAUAGUAACAGUAAUCCGAAUUCGCCCACGGAAGGAUGUUUAAAUAUUUAUUCGGCUAAUGGCAAUACGCCCACCAAUAAUCGACCUCAGUACAUUAAGACUACUGCUCGUGGGGGACAAGUUUUCAAAUUGUUGGCCGUCUAUGAGGACGGUAAACAAGAGCACGGGGCUAUGGGUGCGAGUAUUUCUUGUGGCGGUUUAGGUUCCGCCAAACAAAAUAACGGUCACGGUCGUGAGAAAGAGAAAAGCCGUUACGCUCAACUAUUAAAUGAGCAACGCCAAACUUUGUAUGUUUCAUUGGCUACCAAGGGCAAAUUUUAUGAAAUCGAGCCAGGUAUACCUCAGAUAUUGCAGAAACGACUGGACACGUCAACGAAUGAUAGCGGAAACAUUCAUCCUAAAAAGAUUAAUCCGGAUUGCGUGCACCGUAUAACAGCUUUAAUUACUCCAAACAAAGAAUUACCGAUUACUUUGCGCUACAUUUCAGGACCCACUGGCUGUGCCAGUGCUAUACCAGAAAAUUUGUCUAUUACUCGUAUCAGCUCGGAAAAUAUUGUAAUUGCUUGCCCCAUUGAGGACGUGGAAAUGCAAAGUCCUUUGGAUUUGCGAAAGCUGCAGCUAACCAAAGAAAUGAAUUUCUUGCGUAACACAUUGGGCUUUGAGAGCGAACAACGAAUGCUCGCUAAUCCCAAUGUUCAAAAUAUUUUGAAAUUCUGUCAAUUUAACUGUGAUCAGUUUCUAAAAAUGGUUGAAGUAGAAAUUCUAAACCGUUCCGAACGUUCUACUUCGAAAAGUCGCGUUGACGGCUUAAAGAUAUUGAAACCUUUGCAUUUUCCCAAGCUGUUGAGGCGUGAAAAAACCACGAUAUCAGCUCAUGAGAAAGAGGAUUCGAUAAUAUUUCUUAGCAAAUCGGACUUGGCCAAUUUAGAGCAUAAAGAGCAAUCUUUCGAUCAAAGCACGAAUCGCAUAACCGAUAAAAUGAAAGUUUUCCAAACCACCAAAAAGAAAUGGUUUCGUAAGCCAGACAAAAAUUCUGUGAAUUUUGUAAAUGCCAUGGAUUUGGAUGAGCAAGCCAAACGCAUGAGUAUGGAGCGUUACUCGGACAUGUCCAAAUUAUUGCAAGAAAGGUUCGGAGAGAAGCCAAACACCUCAGGUAACGAGCAUGAGUUAACUUCCGAGCCAAGUGGCGGUGCCAGCGAUAUUGGCUGCUCGGAUGGCGAAGCUACCACUUUCGCUACUAUCGAAGAAAAACCCAAUCGAAGAUAUGGUUCUACUAAGGCCGGGAAAAUGGUUAAAUUGCAAAAAUCGAUGUCUUUGCAAGACAUUGAAUUAAUCACAGUCAAUGCCCGUAAACCAGAUCUCGUAGCUUCUCAUCAAACCACUGAUACAAUUUCGGAAGCUGGCACGGACUUGGAAGAUGUUGAAAAUCAUGAGCCUUUGCAACAGUCUUUCAUAACUGAAAAACUAUACAACGAAUUUCAUGUAAAAACGCGACAAUAUAGUAAAUCAUCUUCGAGUCUGCAUCAGUUGUUGAAUUUCUCGUUACCCCAGAAAUUGCAAAUUGGCGAUAAUAAGCGAUCAUUAGCUCAGCUAAAACAUCAACCGCUCCAUGGCAAUCGUAAUCCAAUGGAAAAACGUUUAGACUUUAACAUAGGUGAACCGGUAACUGGGAGAAGAGCUACUGGCGGUUUGAAUCUUCUAACGGGCGUUAACGCUGUAAAUCAACAAACGACUUCUUUAUUAACGUCAUUGACAUCCAAUAAUCUUAUCGAAGAUGACUUACCCUAUUCCAGUGUACGCGAUUCAUUGGUAUUAUCCAGCGAUGAAGGCAGCCCGCCUGAUAUUCCUGCUGGCACUAUACGUCAAGCUUUACAUUUAAUUGACUAUGCCAAGGAGAAUAUUUAUGCGGAAAUCUGUCACGAAGUCAGCGCCAUGGGUGGCAUACCCAGUCAUAACCAUCAUACACGUGAUAAUUUCUCAGGCGCCACACAUUCCACACAGAUCUCAGACGACUACGGUGAUUAUGCCUCUCUUACGUAUCCAACUUUGAAUCCCACAACAAAUAGCAACAACAAUAACAAUUCGACAGGCUUAGGCAAUGCCAUUAGUCGGGUACAAAUCAAUUGCCCGGCAAAUUCAAUUAGCUAUCAUACUUUAUAUGUAGGUGAGGAGCCAUCGAACGGCGACCAUCAAUCGGUCAAGGAACGAAGGCGUAAUUCCAAUUCGAAAAAGGAGGCACGACAUGCACGCGAUCGCUCGCACAUUACGACCGUUGACGUGGUAGGCGGCGGUGGCGGCAACAUUGGGAAUAACGUGACAGCACCGGUAGUGGCAGCUAACGCGGAUGGAAACGAUUCAGGGGGUUUUGACAAUAUUUAUAAUACGCUCAAAUGAUGACUAAUGUGAUUUAGUUGGAAAUUGGGAGCGUCAGUUUUGAGUGUGUUGAGUGACGGUAAAUUGUUUUGAUUAAAAUUUCGAGCGGGGAUAACAAUCAUGAUAAUUAUGAUAAACGCGGAAAGAAGGUUUAAUUUUUCUAUGGUUCAAGGGAACAAAAUACAUGUCUGUGUAUAUAUAGAGGGAGGUGGGCAUACUGAAAGCAAGAAGAGUUUUUAAAACUAAAAAAAAAAAUUAAGAAAAUCCAUUUUCCAUAAUAAAAAUUUUUUCCCCGAUUUUUUUUUCUUACUUUUUUUUAUUAAUCUUUGUUUAAAUUAAUUUCUUUUCACUUUUGGGAUGUCUUGUUUUUCGUUCUCCUUUUCGAUUAAUGCAUAAUUAAAGAAUGAAAAGAAGAAAAAAAGAACGUUUCACUUAUUUCGAACGUUUUUCUUUUCUUUGUUUCGAGAGAGUUUUUAAAAAACUUCUUACAAAACUUCUUUGAAAAGUGAAAUCAUAAUUAAAAUGUAAAAGAUAUCAACUUUUAUAUUUUAUUUACAUUGACGAUUUCCAUUACCAUAGGAUGGUAAUGAAAUACGUAAACUUUCCGAAAAGCUAAACGUAAAAAUAAUUUAUUUAUUUAUUUUUUUUUUUUUUCAAUUUCGAUUAUUAGCAAAAGUCGGUACAUUCUUGCCAAUGAAAAUGAAUAUUUUUUAAAUUGUUAAACUUCUAGGGGGAAGGGGCUAUCGAUUAAUAAGCAGUUAAUUCAAUUUCUCAAUCAGAUUAAUGUUUGACUUUUUCACUUAUACGACAUAGUUACUUUAUAGGGCUUUUCAGUUAACUGUUUCGCUCUCUUAAGAAAAUAUGCAUUUGCGUCACAAAAAUGUA